CUGGAAGGAGGGGGAUUCUUCAUUUGCUCACUUAAUGUUUUUCUGAAAACUUCGCUGAGAUUUUCCCCUUGCACCAGCCUGGACUAAUGGAUUACCACCUGCUUGGACUAAUUUUAUCUUUUCUCUUCAAUGGCACAAAGGUCUUAGCCGGUUACCCAAUUUGGUGGUCCCUCGCCCUGGGCCAGCAGUACAGCUCCCUGGGCUCCCAGCCCAUCCUCUGCGGCUCCAUCCCCGGCCUGGUCCCCAAGCAGCUCCGCUUCUGCCGCAACUACAUCGAGAUCAUGCCCAGCGUGGCCGAGGGGGUGAAGUUGGGCAUCCAGGAGUGUCAGCACCAGUUCCGGGGCCGCCGCUGGAACUGCACCACCAUCGAUGACAGCCUGGCCAUCUUCGGGCCCGUCCUGGACAAAGCCACCAGAGAGUCUGCCUUCGUCCACGCCAUCGCCUCGGCAGGGGUGGCCUUCGCCGUGACCCGCUCCUGUGCCGAGGGCACGUCCACCAUCUGUGGCUGUGACUCCCACCACAAAGGACCUCCAGGAGAUGGCUGGAAAUGGGGGGGAUGCAGCGAGGAUGCUGACUUCGGGGUGUUGGUGUCCCGGGAGUUCGCAGACGCCCGGGAGAACCGGCCGGACGCCCGCUCAGCCAUGAACAGGCACAACAACGAGGCCGGCAGGACGACCAUCCUGGAUCACAUGCACCUGAAGUGCAAGUGCCACGGCCUCUCAGGCAGCUGUGAGGUCAAGACCUGCUGGUGGGCCCAGCCAGACUUCCGGGCAAUCGGUGACUACCUGAAGGACAAAUAUGACAGCGCCUCCGAGAUGGUGGUGGAAAAGCACCGGGAAUCCCGGGGAUGGGUAGAAACUCUGAGGGCCAAGUACGCUCUUUUCAAGCCGCCGACGGAGCGGGAUCUGGUCUACUAUGAGAACUCCCCCAACUUUUGUGAGCCCAACCCAGAGACGGGCUCCUUUGGGACGAGGGACAGAACCUGCAACGUCACGUCCCACGGGAUCGACGGCUGCGACCUGCUGUGCUGCGGCCGUGGCCACAACACCAGGACUGAGAAACGGAAGGAGAAGUGUCACUGCAUCUUCCACUGGUGCUGCUACGUGAGCUGCCAGGAGUGCACACGUGUCUACGACGUCCACACCUGCAAGUAAACGUAGGUAGGUCUCCACCUGAUGGGAGGUUGCUCCAGAGCAGGGCCAAGGCGUCCAUCAACCCUGUGAUCAGUCUCUAAGUGGUGGCCUCAAAGGAUGGCAUGAAAAAAUCCCAGUGCCCUUGGUCAGGGCAGACCCUCCCACAGCCACCACCAGUGCUGCGGAGAAGGCUCACAGCAUCUCACCCCAGGCAAGGAGGUCCAAGGCAGGACCUGACACU